CAAAAACGCAAAAAAAUUGCAGCAAAAUUUUAAAUUUUUUUUUUUUUUUCUAAACUUAGGUAGAAAAAAAAUUACAAGCUGUUUACAUAUUUUAAGCCUAUUGUUUUAAAGCAUCAAGCCCAUGAAUCUCGACAUAUUUUAUUUUUCAAGAAAAGCGUAACUCUCAACGUAACUGCUUUUAAAAACUAAAUUGAGCCAAAUCAAGAUAAUUGGCAUAAAAUGAAUUCUUUUACAGGAUGCGGAACUGUUUCACAAAUAUAAAAUCAGCAAAUUAACUUGGAAGGAUGGACGUGGGGUGGUGGUUGCAAAAAUUAAAGCCAAACGUUGCGUAUUUUAUGGACGAUCCCAAAUAAAUGCCUUUUUAACAUCGAAACAAUGGAGAAUGUUUGCAAGGCAAUCAACCAUUUUCAGAAAAUUUAUUUUUACGCGAAAAAUUGCUUCAUGAAAUUCAAAAUUACUUUUUACAAAAUGCAGUUUUAGUAUUAUAUGGAAUGUCGGGUGUCGGAAAAACACAAAUUGCCAGAAAAUACUGUGAAAUAAAUUAUAAUUUCUAUAAAAACAUUGUUUGGAUUGACGCAGCGUUUGGAAUGUUACAACCCUCAAUGAGAAACCAAUGCCAAAUAUUAGGAUUAAUAGUUCAUGAUUCGGCAGGUGAUUAUCUAGAUAUAAAAGUGAUUAUUGAAAAAAUUCACAACUAUUAUAAAAACGAAAAGACAUUGUAUAUUUUUGACAAUGUUGACGACGAAAGUGUUAAAAAUUUAACAAUGUACAUAUCAAGAAAACCAAAAUCAUUCACGUUGAUUACCUCCCAAUGGAGAACAUGGACGAAUGAUGUAAAUAAAAUACACGUUGAUAUUUUUUCUUUAGAGGAAGCAUUAGCUUAUGUAAAAAACAAUAUUAAAGAAAACACCGAUGAAAACAUUAAAAACUUAAUUAAAGAACUUGGUUAUCAUCCAUUUGCAAUUACUCAGGCAAUAAAAUAUAUAAAUAUACAUAAAAUAUCGAUAGAAAAAUACAUAGAUCGAUAUAGAUCAAAACCAUCAGAAAUAUUAGAUACGAAUAACUUUCCGACUGAAGAAGUACCAAAGUCUGCAAUGAAAGCAAUUAACUUAGUUUUAAUAAAAUUAGAAAAAUCUAAAGAUCUUUCAUUUAAAAUAUUAAACUGUUUAUCUCAUUGCGACGGUCAAAACAUCAGUAAACAGUUUAUAACCAAUAUCUCAAAUCAUAUGAAAAUAAACGAUGACCAUUUAGUAGAUGAAGCAAUUGGAUUACUAACGAGUCAUUCAUUACUAAACUAUUUGGAUGGUAAAAAAUAUUCAAUACACGAACUUACACAGUUAACAUGCAAAAAUUUUCAAAAGAGAAAUUCAAGUACAAAUACGUAUCUUGAUUUAAUCAAAAAUUAUUUUAAAGUUGAGUUGAACGAAGUAAAAGAUCACAUAGAUUAUGGAAACCAUUUUAUUUUUCAUUUUAUCUAUAUGUUUCGUACAAACGGAAAAAAAAUUGCGAAACACUUCUAUCAUCUGACAACUUCUAUUCAAAAAUUAUUUGUAUGUAGAGGUUUAUUUAAAGAAGCAAUCGAAAUAUUAAAAGUUAUUCAAAGUUUUAACACAGAAACUUAUGGUGAAAAGGAUAAAUUCACGCUUUAUGCUAAAGAUAAUAUCGCAAGUUGUUUAGACGAUAUGGGAAAAUAUAUCGAAGCUUUAGAAAUUUAUUAUUCUGUUGACAAAAUAAGAACUCAAGUUUUUGGUAUCAACGAUCCAGAUACAAUGACAACAAAAAAUAAUCUCGCACUCUGUUUGAACAAAAUGGGAAAAUAUAAUGAAGCAUUAGAAAUUUUUUAUUCUAUUGAAAAAAUGCAAACUAAAAUUUUAGGUAUCAACCAUCCAGAUACAAUGAUAACAAAAAAUAACCUUGCACUAUGUUUAAACAAUAUUGGAAAAUAUAACGAAGCUAUAGAAAUUUAUGAUUCUGUUGAAAAAUUACAAACUAAUGUUUUCGGUAUCAACCAUCCGCAUACGAUGACGACAAAAAAUAAUAUUGCAGUCUGUUUGAACGAUAUGGGAAAGUAUAACGAAGCUUUAGAAAUUUAUUAUUCAGUUGAAAAAAUACAAACUGAAAUUUUAGGUAUUAACCAUCCAGAUACAAUGAUAACAAAAAACAAUCUUGCACUCUGUUUGAACAAUAUGAGAGAAUAUAACGAAGCUUUAGAAAUCUAUAAUUCUGUUAAUAAAAUACAAACUGAAAUUUUAGGUCAGACCCAUCCAGAUACAAUGACAACAAAUCAUAAUAUUGCACUCUGUUUAAAAAAUAUGGGAAAAUAUAACGAAGCUUUGAAAAAUUAUUACUCUGUUGAUAAAAUACAAACUGAAAUUUUAGGUAUCAACCAUCCAGAUACAAUGAUAACAAAACAUAAUAUCGCACUUUGUUUGAAAAAUAUGGGAAAAUAUUACGAAGCUUUGGAAAUUUAUUAUUCUGUUGAUAAAACACUAACUGAAAUUUUAGGAAUCAACCAUCCAGAUACACUGACAACAAAACAUAAUAUUGCAUGCUGUUUGCGCGAAAUCGGAAAAUAUAAUGAAGCAUUAAAAAUUUUUUAUUCUGUUGAUAAAAUACGAACAGAAAUUUUAGGUAUCAAGCAUCCAGAUACAAUGGCAACAAAAAAUAAUUUAGCACAUUGUUUAAAAAACAUGGGAAAAUUUUACGAAGCUUUAGAAAUUUAUUAUUCGUUUGAUAAAAUACAAACUAAAACUAUAGGUAUCAACCAUCCAGAUCAAAUAACAACCAAACAUAAUAUUGCAUUCUGUUUGAGCGAAAUCGGAAAAUAUAAUGAAGCUUUAACAAUUUAUUAUUCUAUUGAUAAAACACAAACUGAAAAUUUAGGUAUCAACCAUCUGGAUACAAUGACAACAAAACAUAAUCUUGCAUGCUGUUUGCGCGAUAUGAGAAAAUAUAACGAAGCUAUAGAAAUGUUUUAUUCUGUUGAUAAAAUACGAUCUGAAAUUUUAGGUAUUAAUCAUCCAGAUACAAUGACAACAAAACAUAAUAUCGCUUUCUGUUUGAACAAUAUGAGAAAAUAUAACGAAGCAUUAGAAAUUUUUUAUUCUGUUGAUAAAAUACGAACUGAAAUUUUAGGCAUUAAGCAUCCAGAUACAAUGGCAACAAAAAAUAAUAUCGCACUCUGUUUAAACAAUAUUGGAAAACAUAACGAAGCUUUAGAAAUUUAUAAUUUUGUUGAUAAAAUACAAACUGUAGUUUUAGGUAUCAACCAUCCAGAUACAAUGACAACAAAACAUAAUCUUGCACUUUGUUUGAACAAUAUGAGAAAAUAUAACGAAGCUUUAGAAAUUUUUUGUUCUGUUGAUAAAAUACGAACUGAAAUUUUAGGUAUCAUGCAUGCAGAUACAAUGGUAACAAAAAUUAAUAUCGCACUCUGUUUAAACAAUAUUGGAAAACAUAACGAAGCUUUAGAAGUUUAUAAUUUUGUUGAUAAAAUACAAACUGUAGUUUUAGGUAUCAACCAUCCAGAUACAAUGACAACAAAACAUAAUAUCGCACUCUGUUUGAACAAUAUGAAAAAAUAUAAAGAAGCUUUAGAAAUUUUUUAUUCUGUUGAUAAAAUACGAACUGAAAUUUUAGAUAUCAACCAUCCAGAUACAGUGGCAACAAAAAAUAAUAUCGCACUCUGUUUAAACAAUAUUGGAAAACAUAACGAAGCUUUAGAAGUUUAUAAUUUUGUUGAUAAAAUACAAACUGUAGUUUUAGGUAUCAACCAUCCAGAUACAAUGACAACAAAACAUAAUAUUGCACUCUGUUUGAACAAUAUGAAAAAAUAUAAAGAAGCUUUAGAAAUUUUUUAUUCUGUUGAUAAAAUACGAACUGAAAUUUUAGAUAUCAACCAUCCAGAUACAGUGGCAACAAAAAAAAAUAUCGCACUCUGUUUAAACAAUAUUGGAAAACAUAACGAAGCUUUAGAAAUUUAUAAUUUUGUUGAUAAAAUACAAACUGUAGUUUUAGGUAUCAACCAUCCAGAUACAAUGACAACAAAAAAUAAUAUUGCCCUCUGUUUGAACAAUAUGAAAAAAUAUAAAGAAGCUUUAGAAAUUUUUUAUUCUGUUGAUAAAAUACGAACUGAAAUUUUAGGUAUCAAGCAUCCAGACACAAUGGUAACAAAAAAUAAUAUCGCACUCUGUUUAAACAAUAUUGGAAAAUAUAAUGAAGCUUUAGAAAUUUAUUAUUCUGUUGAUAAAAUACAAACUGUAGUUUUAGGUAUCAACCAUCCUACUACGAUAGCAACAAAAGAUAAUAUUGCAAGCUGUUUGAAUAAAUUAAAAAAACAGCAAAAAAAUUGUUUCAUUAUUUGAUUAUUAUUUUAGCUUUAAUAUAUAUAAAGUUUCUUCUGUUAGUAAAUUUUUAUUGACUAGUGUUUUCUUUUUAAAGUUAGAAAAUUUUGUUUGUAAUUUUUAAUAAACAAAAGUUUAUUUUUUAUUUAUGUUCAACAACACUAGGAGGCAAGGGUGUACGUGCCCUUUUUUGUUCUGAAAGCCUUUUUUUAUUUUUUUGAAAAAAAAAUAAUUAUAGAUAUAGAGAACAUUUUUUAAAAAUUGACGACAGUCUGCGUAUGGAAAAUCCCAUAUUGAAACCAGAUGCUUUUUCCGUAAAACACGCAUUUUCCUAAUUAUUUAAAGCUUGUUCUUUUUUCAUUUAAGCGAGGCAUUUUUAAUUUAGCAUAAAAAAGUACGAUUUAUAUUAAAGUUGCUAUAAACUCAAUAAGCUGUAUUAGACAAAUGAAUAUUUAAUGUGACAUAGUUUGUAAGAAUUAAUUUAAAAAAGGGAUUGAAA